AUGGCUCUCAUCUCCGCCAAGCCCUUCCGCCUCGCCCUCCUCCAGCUUGCAGGCCUCAACGCCUCCAAGGCCAACAACAUUGCCGUCGCGCGCAAGGCCGUCGCCGCCGCCGCCGCUUCGGUCCCCAAGCCCGACCUUAUCGUCCUCCCCGAGGUCUGGAACUCGCCGUACGCGGUCACCGCCUUCCGCGAGUACUCGGAGCGCGUCCCCGCCGUGAAGGAUGGCGCCGAGGUGGCUGGUACCACCGAAGGCGAGAGCAUCACCGCGCUCCGCGAGAUGGCGCGCGACGCCGGCGUGUGGCUGAUUGGCGGUUCUAUUCCCGAGAUCGAGGACGGCACCGAGAACAUCUAUAACACUUUGACUGCGUACAACCCAGAGGGCAAGAUUGUUGCCAAGCACCGCAAGGUGCACCUGUUUGACAUCGACAUCCCAGGCCGCCAGACGUUCAAGGAGUCUGAGACUCUCUCGGCGGGCACCUGGCUCACCUCGUUCGAGGCGCCGUUCGGCAAGAUUGGUGUUGGAAUCUGCUACGAUGUGCGGUUCCCCGAGAUGGCCAUGAUCGCUGCGCGCCAAGGUUGCGUGGCCAUGAUCUACCCGGCCGCGUUCAACACUACCACCGGCCCCAUGCACUGGACUCUGCUCCAGCGCUCUCGCGCCAACGACAACCAAAUCUACGUCGCAAUGUGCUCGCCCGCUCGCCACCCCGGUGCCGCGUACCAGGCUUACGGCCACUCGUCGGUCGUCAACCCACUGGGCGAUGUCGUCGCCGAGGCAGACGAGACCGAGGCGAUCGUCUACGCUGACAUUGACACCGACAUGCUGGCGACCACCCGCCGCAACCUGCCAGUGACUAUCCAGAGGAGGUUUGACGUGUACGACGACGUCUCCAAGUAG